GAUGCCAAUAAUUCGUUAAAGCUAAUUAAAGGGAUAAAUCGGAUUAAAAAUUCUUUGCUUAUUAUGUGAACAUGCGGAUCUUGCAGCUAGUGAGAUAUAACGUAACUCUUCCGUACGAGAACUUUAAAUUUAAAGGAUCAAAUGUACACGUGCUUACUUUGAGGAAUCGUCAAAAAUGAAUUCUUAGCGUUUGGAAUUCGUAAAACCGUGCAGUAAAAUUAACCCGUCUAAUCACAGUGAUACGAAGUUUUAACAAUCGAUUAAUAACCGAAUAGAUAAAAUUCUUCACGAUGCACCGUUCCAUUUUUUAUUUUUGAAACCAAUUGCAGUUCAUCUUUUGCUCUAUGUUAUACUUUUUUCAUUUAUUCUUCGGUGAAGUAUGAGAAUACUCGGAUAAAGACGAUAUGAGCUGAUAUUUCUGCAGCUGGCAUCUGAACUCAGAAAUGAUAGAGGUGUCGAUUGAAGCAUGAUGAAAUUCUCGUGCUUUCCAACCCCCAGCAUCCUGGGCCAAAGAGGAAGCAUCAAUUUGCCUCCUCUGCCCGUACCAGGAACCCCACCCCCGACUCCAUCUUACAUAGCGAAUGGAACUCCGCGAGGAGCCCCGACGGUGAUGAGCUACAAACGUUCCGUCGAAGCAGAAGGCACAAAUAGCGUCAUCAUAAGAGCACUGCCAAAAAUCCCCGUAGAGCCGACGAUCUCCACCCCCACAUUCCCGAAAGUUGGACACUCUAAACGCCCCGCACCUCAGCCACCGGUUACGAAAACAGAAGGUUCAGAGCUUGUGAAUGAACGAAAGGGUGGAGUUAUAGGAAAAGCCAUAGCACCUUCAACCGCACCGAUACCGGUUUACGAAAAAGAUGCAAGGUCCCGUGCCCAAAUAAAAAAUGCAAUACUGCAAAAUGACUUCCUAGGAAAUCUAGAGGAUUCUCAGGUGGAGCAUGUUGUUACGGCGAUGAGUCCCAAACAAAUAUCGCCUGGAACAUUGGUAAUCCGAGAAGGUGAUAUUGGGUCCCAUCUCUACGUUUCCGCCGAAGGGGAAUUCAACAUUUACGAAGGCGACACUCUGCAGAGGACUUUUGGUCCAGGUGUAGCCUUCGGAGAACUCGCUCUGCUUUAUAACACGAAAAGAUUGCGGUCAAUCGAAGUGAAGAGAGGUGGAAAAGUAUGGGUACUAGACAGAAAUGUGUUCCGUACGAUAAUGAUGAGGAGUGUCCAGGACCGUCUUCAAGCAAAUAUCCGUUUCUUACGACGUAUUACAAUUUUCCAAAGUCUCCCCGAGCCGAAGGAUCAUGUCCUUGCGAAGAUCUCCGACCUCCUCAGAAUCGAAUUCUUUCCGUCUGGAACUCGCAUCGUUCGUCAAGGCGACGAGGGCCACAAGUUCUACAUAAUUCGCGGUGGUACGGUUAAAAUUACAAAGGAUACGGACUAUGGAGGUGAAGAGCAAAUGGUACUUCUCGAUCGUGGGAAAUACUUUGGUGAAAAAGCGCUUCUCAAUGAAGGUGAAAAUAAACGCCAAGCCAACGCAAUUGCCCUGCCACCGGGAGUCGAGUGUCUCACCUUAGACAGACAAUCGUUCCUGAAUUACCUCGGUGCUCUCGAAGAAAUCCGAACGAAAGACUGGAUGGCGGAGUAUGAGAAUCAGAAGAAGGCAUUGACAUCGACGUGGGUGAGCGAGUACGCCAAUUUGAAGUUAUCGGAUUUGGAGACCAGAGGAACGUUGGGGGUCGGUGGAUUCGGAAGAGUGGAGUUGGUGGUUCCAAAAUCGAUGCCGAAUAAGAGCUUCGCCCUGAAAAUGCUUAAAAAGAAGGCGAUGGUCGAACAGCAACAGCAAGAGCACGUUCUCAACGAAAAAUGCAUAAUGCAAGCGUGCUCUUCACCCUUCGUCUGCAAAUUAUACCAAACUUACAAGGACAGUAAAUACGUGUAUUUUCUUAUGGAAGUCUGUCUCGGCGGUGACGUGUGGACGACGCUUCAACGACGUCGUCAAUUUAACGAUUCAACAGCGCAGUUUAUGGUGGCAUGCGUUGUAGAGGCCCUGGACCAUCUUCAUUCGCUGAACAUCGUCUAUCGUGACCUGAAGCCGGAAAACUUGAUGCUCGACGAGCGAGGAUACUUGAAACUGGUGGACUUUGGUUUCAGUAAAAAUAUCGGUCCCGAUAAAACGUGGACCUUUGCCGGUACUCCCGAAUACGUUGCUCCGGAAAUAAUCCUGAACAAGGGUCACGACAGGGCGGUCGAUUACUGGGCGCUAGGCAUCCUGACGCACGAGUUGCUGGUGGGUAAACCUCCGUUCAGAGAUCACGAUCAUAUGUCGACGUAUAACAAGAUCCUGAAAGGGAUCGAUGCCGCUAACAUUCCCAACAACGUUAGCAAGUAUGCGAAUCACUUUAUAAGAAAACUUCUCCGUCUGAGCCCCUCCGAAAGACUUGGAUACCAGCGCGAAGGUGUACAAGAAAUUCGUGAUCACAGAUGGUUUUCCAGUUUCCAAUGGGAUGCCUUGCGCCAGAUGACUUUGCCGGCUCCAAUUGUUCCGGAAGUGCGGAGUCACACGGAUACGAGAAACUUUGAAAAAUAUCCAGCUGAUAGAGAUUUGCCGCCGGACGAAUUUUCCGGUUGGGACCAAGAUUUUUAAUUAUUAUUACGCUAACAUUUACAAUUAUAUUUGAAUUAUAAACAAGAGACUAAAUUAUUGAUUAAAAACUUUUCUGAAUA